GUACGAGGGAAAUAGAAUACUAACAAUGUAAACAGUGUAACUUGCUAUACUACUCGUAUUUUCUUAAUAAUCAUCAAUCUUACUUGUGUAACUUCUGUUGUGAUUACGCCUUAAAUUACAACUCAGACGGUAAGAUUAAUAACCGGCGCAGCAAUUUUUAAGUAAAUAGAUAUAAUCUGAAUACCAAACGUCUGGAUCGCUUUAAUUUCUCUGACUCAUAAUCUGUAGCGGUCGAGCGAGUUUAUCUGUAACAGAGGGGAUUGCUUAAUUCGUUGGCGCACGGAGCUUCCUCGAUGGUUCGGUUUCCCCGUGUACCGGUGACCGGCGUUGCUGAACCGCUAAUCAUGACGUUAGAUCGUUUUUCGUGAUUCGACUACAACACUAUGGAAAACUUGAGACGUAUUUCGGAUUUCUGUCCGCUCGACGGAGCGUGAAUUUUUUCGAGCAGGCGUUUCUUUUCGCGCUAUUGUAUGGCUCUACAAGAAAAUUAAUUAACGAAUUACAAUGAAAUUUUUGUAAAUGGAAGGCUUACUUGGAGACAAUUGGUACCUUAUACGCCGAUUUAGUUUGCAGAUAAUUUUAGAAUUCUGGAGGACAUCGACUGAGUAAAUGAAGUCUCUAAUAAAACGUAACUACAUAAACGAUCGUGUUACGCUAGUCUGGCUCAUUAGCAAGUAAUUGAGCUCGAUCCACUCGAUCUGCACUAGUGGAAUAUUCAUUUUCGAUGUCGUGUUGCUCAUGGCAUAGCCUUUGUAAACCAGAAAAAACUGUUACUUAAUUUCUCUUUGAAGUAGAUCAGGAAACGAAGCAUAACGAUGCCUUCAAUCAUUGAGAGAAUUUAUUACGGGAAUUGAUACAUUUAUCUAAGUCCUAGAUCCAAUACAAAUUCUCAAUAUUUCCUAAUGAUAUUCAGGUUUAAUAAGAAUCGAACAGAGAAAAUGGCGAGAUGUACGUUGAAGAAAUUUUUCGGAAAAUAAGAAAGAGAAGAGAUAUACAUAAAAUAAUCAUUGUUUCUGCAAAGUUUUCAAGUUUGAUAUUGUACGUUCAUGGAAUCAUAAACCACAGCGUCCAAAUGCUUCAUCUUUAAUCAAAAUUAAAUUGGCAUAAUCGCCAAAGAAUAACGGGAAUCGUUAAACUGUCCAGAUUCUCUAAGCGCUUCUGCGAGAGCGCUAACGUCCGUGCAGGGUUGUCUUUAGUCUCUGCGGCGGCACACGUUCAGAAACAACGAAUGUAAUACGCAGAAAUUGCGUAAAAGUUCGAGUGGCGACUGGUAGACGGUCGACCGUUCCCGCGUGAUUGCCAAUCGAUCGAAAAAAAAUAUUUUCCAGGGACGAUUAGCGUACGGAAACUUAGACAGAUUCACACAGAAACUCGUGUCCCAACACGAAACAUAUUUAGCAUACCCUUCUUAGCCGGUGAUUUUAUUCUUCGAAUACUUUGUUACACUUUAUACCUGAGUAGAUGUUGCAUUUCAUGUUUAACUAAGUUUUUUCUGGCCAGACUUUGAUUCGUUUAUCUUAAAUUAACACGGUUUAUAUUCAAUGAGCUAGUCUGCUAACAAUAAAUAAAGCCUGAGAAUCGUGUGUUAUUGCCGAGUAACGCACGCCUUAUUGCGAGCAAAAGGUUGAGAAACUUCAUUAUCAAUGUACUCGAGACGUAAUAAUUGCUGUUACGAGCAAUGCGUUCCAGCUGGCUUUUUGUUUAAAAAUUUUUUUUCUUUGUAACAACCGAAGUCAUUCACUUUAAUAGUUUAAAUUAUUCCUUUUUUUCUUCUUAAAUGUUCAUCGUUAUCGUAAGAAACGUUUAAUCGAAUUGGAAUUCUAUCGGGAAUCUUCAGUGAUCAACGCACAGGUCAAAACGUUUUCCAGCUUGGCGAAAGAUUGACCAACUGUCCAGUACACUCCCAUGUAAAGGGCGGCCAGUUUUCUCGAUAAGGAAAUCGAGCAGGCCAAAGGUAUUGAGAAAAGUCGCUUUAGAGAAUCCAUGCCAAGGUGGAAACUUCGCGAAACGUUGCAACCUUCGUGUCUGAAGAUCACAUAGGAGAAUGUUCGCGAGUUUUAAGGUUGACAUUUUCGGUAAAAUAGAUGUGGUUUAGCUAUCUGUCCAUCGUUUCGAAAAUACAUCAGAUCGACAGAAUGACGAGUAUAUUAUGCUAGUAUAACAUAGAAAAUAAGUAAGAUAUCUUAAGUUACGAAAGAAAUGGGAAGGUGGUCUUUUUACUUCGAGAAAGAUAAAGGAUUCAGCAUAAAAUGUUAAUGGAUCAUUUUUUCUUAGAAUAGAUACAAUUUAAACAAUAUAAACGCACAACCAAGAACUAGAUGCAUUUACGACUUUACUUGGACUCCACUGGCUUGUUACGUUACAGAAAGUUGGCGUUUACACCGCUUACGAAAUUGGCGAGUCGUAAAAUCCAACCUAUUAGCGACGCGAGGAAUAAUUGGGAUAAAUAGGGUGGGAGAGAUGAAAAUUGAAACAGAAUUUUACUUUGUCUCGCUCCCUAUAUUAUUUCCAGUUACAAUUGCAUAAUAUUCUGCGGAUCAAAAACGUAUAGAAGGAAUUUCGCUUUGCCGUAAUAGUAGAUCGAUUUAGCAAUAAUAACGAUUCUUUUCUCUCCACGAUUUUAUAUUAAUAUUCGAUCGUAACGCUCGAUACCUGCGAUCAAGAAUAGAUUCAAAUUUUAAAAUGCUUUAGACUUUUACUAUUUUAUGCAUCGUACAAAGUUGCGUCACCGCGUCUUACAUUGUUUAUUACGUUUGUAUGCGCCAAUACAGGCAUCACAGAAUUAUGAUCAAUGACUAAUUGUUGCUUACUCAACUUUACAACACUGUGCAUUUCGAUUUUCUUCUUCGUGGCCGAAUUUAAUUCAGCGUGGAGCGUUAGAAAAACACGUGACAGGAUUUAACUUUGCGUUGGUAUAAUGUCUGCUAUAAACUAAGAACGAUAAAACGACUGUGCACCUUCUCGUUUUUCUGAUUCAUCUUAAAUCUUUUCCAUUGCUGGCGUACAUAUAAUGAUUUUUUACUUGACCCAGCUGAGUUUUUCGUAAACAACGUAAUGCUGAGCAGUGGAACCAUGAAGCCACUGUUGCUUUCUUGCGACAACUAUCACAUUGUUAGGUACCGAUAAUAAAUUCAUAUCGUUGGAAGGUAUCGAAGCACGUCGAAGAGGAGAAUGAAUGUGCGAGGAAGAGGUAAAAUUUUAGCGGAAAAUUUCAUAAAGUACUCGACGAAGCCUCGUUGUAAUUCGUGUUACGUCAAUUUAGCCGGAAGUCGUGCUUAAUUUUUCGUUGUGCAAUUCUGUCUAUCGCCAUCGCUGUUUCGAGAUGAUUGUCGUGACAUUGUAAUAUGUACACACAUGAUAUGGCGAAACUCUAUCAGGAUUUAAAAGAUGACAAUAUAAAUUAUUACGUUUCUUUUUCUAUAAAUAUUCCCUUCAAAGUACGUACAUAAGCAACGCAGGAUCACUAAUUAAUAAAUUGAAGAAAUAAUAAUUCAUUAUCGUAGAAGGGCAGGUAUACGAAAUCACGACGAGUAUUUCGCAUGAUCUAAGAUCUCGUUUUUUCUCUUCAUCGACGAAUGUACGUACCGUCGUUCUACAGCGAAUCAGGUCAAUCUUACGCGGACAUUUCGAUUUUCUCCAAAAGCUUUCUCUAGUAAGGACACGGAAUUAAAAUCUUUUAGGGUGUCAUCGCAGUUGACGGAAGUGGAACGUAUCUGCGAUCAGUGGAGCACCGAAUAAGGGGUCUGAAAGGGUCGAUCGCUAUUGGUGAAAGGGGUCUGUAUGCAAUGCAAUCGUUGUACCCCCGCCUCAUCUUAGUUCCCUGGGCCUGGGCAGGGCACCGCUAUAAAAGCAUACCGCGUCGCCCCUCAGAUACGUAGUGUUUCCCGUGUACUGCACAAGAAAAAUCACCUACAAUGAAGUUCGUUAUUGUUCUCUUCGCCGUUAUGGCCGUCGCCAGUGCCUACCCUGGAUACAUUCAUGCACCGGUUCAUGCUCCGGAAGUGCACCAAGUGCUCCAGAUCCCGCAACAAGCGUCGAUUCCGGCCCCACACCCCCAACCCCUCAACAUUAAAAUCCCACAUGUUCAGACUGUGAAGAUCCCAUACCACGGACCUAAGAUCGUACAGCCACAUCUCAUCGGCGUUGAAUCGUACGUGGAGCCCCAAAUCAAAGUCGUCAAGGCUCCCAUCUCCCAUCACCCCUGGGACUAAAUUUCCGCACGGCACCAACUGAACUCGCUGGUCCAGGGUGAUCCAUCCUGGAUGAGCCGUCCUGAGGUGCAUCUGGAGUAGCGACGCUUUACAAACAACGAUAACCAUGGCCAACAUCGAAAUUGUCCUGGUGGGAAAGAAGCUUGAGACUAUAUACAUUUGAAGCAUCCACGUCGAUGGUAGUCACAGCAACGCACGAGUUCUUCAUCCUAGGGGAACUAGCUCUCCGAGAUCGAUCGAACUGUAUUCAUUCGGGACAAGGGGAGUCAGAAAACUAAUCAGUAUUAUCCAGCGAUUAAUUACGGACGAAGAACAUCGAGCUUGCAGAUCGUUCGAAGAUCACGAAAAUCGACGCCCUCAGGAUCGGCGAGCGUUUUGGACCACCCGAAGACCUCAGACCAGGCACCCAAUCUUAAAAAAAGUUUACUUAUUUUUUAUCCUCAUAGAGCAACCACACGAUACACGAUUACACGAGCGCAGCGACUUUCUUACAGACUCACUUCCUGUAUCUGCCCUUUCCUUGUUAACUUUACCUUUUGUUUCUGGACGCGUCGAAAUUCUUGUGCGGCAUGUGAUAUUGAAGAAGACAUCACGACAUCGGAGCCUUCACUGUAUAUUUUCUUCUCUUCUUUCCGCCUACCACCCAUCCCUUCCCCUACCAUACUUUUGCAACAACACUUUUAUUUAUUUUCUAAUAAAAGUUAAUUUUUAUGUCUUGUGAUAAAAAA